CCUCGCAGUCGAACGGCCUCGCCACCCCCGCUCCGCUCCUCUCCUCUCCUCUCCUCUCGCCCACGCCCGCCACCGCCACCGCCGAAGAAGCUCCCAUGGCGGGCGGAGCGGGGAAGGACGACGAGCCCGAGCCGCCGCGGGAGCUGGACGCGGCGGGCGAGCGAACCAGCCCCGAUCACCCCGCUCCGGCGUCGCUGGGCGCUUCCGAGGAGGAAGUGGGCGCCAGCGGAGCAGUCGAGGCGGGGCAGGACGACGCGCCCGAGCCGGAGGACGACCAUCAGGAGGGCGGCGACACCACGGAGGACGACGUGGACGAGGACGAGGAGGAGGAAGGGGACGGGGAGGAGGAGGAGGGAGACGAGGACGAGGAGGACGCCCCGACGCACCUGCCGUUCGAGCCCUUGGAGGUACGCAUGCUUGAGGAGACAACUACAGUUGAUCCAAGCUAUACUAUCUCUCUUAUAAGGCAACUAAUACCUAAGGGAUCCAGUUUGGAGGAAGAGUUCAGUGACAAGCAGGGUCUUCCAGAAGAAAGGAGUGUCAGUCCUGAGGAUCAGUGGGAAGAGUGUGGUUAUAUUCUGUGGGAACUUGCGGCUAGUACACCUCAAGCAGAACUUAUGAUUAAUAACCUUGUGAUUGAAGUGCUUUUGGAAAACCUUCGUACGGCAAAUUCUUCUAGGGUGAAGGAAAUUUGUCUUGGAAUUAUGGGAAACUUAGUCUGUCAUGAAUCUCUAGUUGCUGCAAUCUCUUUGAAAAAUGGUUUAAUUGCAACUGUCGUGGAGCAAUUGUUUCUAAAUCAUGUCAAAUGCCUUUCUGAAACAUUCAGUGCAUCUGUUUCUUGGGCUCAAGCUCUUUUACCUGAUGAGAUUCUUUCACGUAUUCUACUGAUAGUUGGGAAGACAGAUAGUACUACAUUAAUUGAAAAGAUCAUUGACUUCCUAACAACUGUCAUUGAUAAUCGAGAUGUGAUUGCUAUGCUUAUCCAGCCCUUGCUUAAACUGGGUUUAGUUGACCGUGUUAUUGGGUUACUAACAAAUGAGAUUGAAAGACCACCGGAUGAGAAGCUAGACAGAAAGGGUUCUCUUGAUUUGAUCCUUCACUUCAUGGUAGAAUCAUCAGCCAUACACUGUGUUUCAAAGGCAAUGACAUCGAAUGACCGGCUGAUUAAAGUGCUAGUUAACAUGAUCAAGUCGCCUGAUAAACAAGUUGCAAGCUAUUGCGCUUCGGUGGUGAUUGUAAUAUCAAAUAUUUUGAAAGAUGGAAAGCAUUUGGUGCCUAAGAUAUCCCAUGAUUUACCGUUCCUGGAGGGCCUACUUGAAGUUCUUCCAGCGGUCCCUGAUGAUGACCAAGCUCGAUAUGCACUUUGGAGUAUCUUAUCGUGUAUUCUGGCACAAGUGCAAGGAACUGAGUUGAACUCCUUGUCCCUCGACCAGUUUGUGUCUCUUGUCUUAGGCAAGUUCGGCCUCAUCAAAGCUGACCUCGAGAGUCAGCUGGUUGAUGAAGAGAAGUUAACACCUGAGGAUGCUCUCCUGAAGGGAUGGAUAUCGACAUGUGUAUCCAUUAAAACAAUACUCAUGGCAAUCUCCUUCUUCAUGGUGAGAUGGAUCGAGGAGAAGUCCUCCCCGGGCAACGAAGACGCCAUCGACAAUGCUUGGGAGGUGCUGAGCUACUGCCAGAACGCGCUCUGCUAACCGGAAACCCCACUCCACUGACAAGCUUGCUGCGGUUUGUAAUCAACGGUGCUGACCUGAGAGAGAAUGUGGCAUGUGGCCGCUGUGAUUUUGGAACCGGGAGUCGGUUAUAACCUACUGUCGUUUCAGACUACUGCAACCUGUAAAGAAAAUCGGCGAAUGGAG